CACGUGGGUCGGAGGUUGCCAAGGCCGGUGUGUAUCCAUGACAACACCAGUGGAGGAAAGUGUCUCUGUAUACAGCGCGACAGAACGUAAAGAAAAGGAUGGCAGAAACCGGUGAUGGUAAAAAAGAGGAUGCCGACUACAAAAGACUGCAAAGCUUUCCGCUCAUCAGGCACACGGAUAUGGCAGAGGAGAUGCGCGUGGAGACCAUGGAGCUCUGCGUCACAGCCUGCGAGAAAUUUGCCUCUAACAAUGAGGUCAGUCGGAAUGCUGCCAAAAUGAUCAAGGAGUCCAUGGAUAAGAAGUUUGGCAGUUCGUGGCAUGUGGUGAUCGGUGAGGGGUUUGGGUUCGAGGUGACCCAUGAAGUCAAGAACCUGCUCUACAUGUUCUUCGGGGGAAGUCUGGCCGUGUGCGUUUGGAAAUGCUCCUGAUGUCACUUCCUGCAGUGCCCACACAAUUGCCAAUAUGAGAUAUUUAUACUCACGGACCCGUCUUAACUAUGCAGCCCUAUUUGACUUGACGUGUGUGUGUGCGUUAAGUGUGUGAAAUUGUGUAUGAGGGGACAAAAAGACACAGAUUCCUAUGCACUUCUCCAGAUGACUCUUUUUCUGUCUUGAUUUUUAAUGUAUAGGCUACAGUUUUGAGUUUAACACACAGAUUGUAAGGGGUUUAAUGAACUUUUUUUAUAGCAUUUAUAAUAAACUUAAGAAGUUUAUUGCAACUGACUGCAGGACCUAGUCAAGAAAUAGUUUUCUUUUUUGUCCUCUUCCUGUCCCCUUUACUUUCUCAAAUCAUGUUCCUGGUCUUAUCAUGCGCAAUUCAUCAUAGCACAUAAUUCCAAAGAAAACUUUUGUAUUUGUAAUCUUUCAACCUUCUCACAAGAGACUUUCCUUUUCAGCUGAUGCCACCAAUCCAUCUUAUUUUAAAAUCUCUCCCCAUCAACCGCCUGUCAACAUUCUGGUAUGAAACAGCUACUUUUCAUGAGACAUUCAGUUCCCAGUGGAUAAAAUGAAGUGCAGCCUUACACGCUUUUUUCUUAUUGAAUGUCAUUUUUCAUUCAGAAAUGCAUUGUAUUACAGAAGUAAUUGGGUUGCAAACUCAUUUUUCAUGUUGAACUCUUAAGUGGUGUUUGUUAUUCCAAACAGAAUCUGCCUUUUAUAUCCAUCAUCAACUUUCCUUUUCUGUUGACAACACGGUUGUGUGUGUGCUGUUGAACAAUGUUUACCAAGAGCCAAAUAGCUAUUAGUCAGUCUUUUUUGUCUGGCUGAUUAACUGGUAUGUAACGCUCACACACCAAUCAAGUCCUGCUCUUGAUGAUGAAUAUCCUAUUUCACUCGGAAAUACACUACCGUUCAUAUGUUUGGGGUCUGGAAGAUUUCCUAAGUUCACUAAGGUUGCAUUUAUUGCAUAAAACACUAAUAUUGUGUCAUUUUAUUACAUUUUAAAAUAACUGUUUUCUAUUUGAAUAUAUUUUAAAAUGUAAUUUAUUCCGGUGAUGGCAAAGCUGAAUCCUCAGCAUCAUUCCUCCAUUCUUCAGUGUCUUUCAUAAAUGAUUCU